AUGCCAACGCCCUCUGGACCCACAACACCGGCACAUCCGUCAUAUGGCCCCAACGGCCUAUCACCGGCCCCUCGUCGUCGCUCAGCAUUCCAACCAAGAGACCAUCUGGAGAGUCUGAUCACCAAGCACGGUUACCCCACACCCGUCUCACUGUCAUCCUUAAGGGAUUUGACAGCCACCUCGUCUACUUAUACUCCCCCUUCGCCGGGACCCAUUCCGGACCUUGACUUUGAUCCGCUUACUUUAUCAUCUCCCACGAGACCCAUUCCAAUCCCUAGACGACCAACAUACGAAGACUUACCGGUCACACCGCUGACUGGUCGCUUCAAUCACACCUAUUUUGACGACUGGGAACGGGCAUCUCAAUCCGCCAAAUCCCAUUCUACUCCGGUCCACCGCCAUCAAUCUCGACAUUUAAGAAUGCGGUCCGACACUUCCCCUUACUGUUCCCCGGUUGCUUCCCCCAUCAUGUCUCCCCGUCGCUCCAACUCGCCCCAGCCCUCCCGCCGGUCUCAGCCUCAAUCCAAGUCCAAGCCAACUCAAGGAUUCCAUUUGGGAAGCCUGCCAAGGUUCCACCCGGCAGUCUAUCAACCUAACACCACCUCUCAUUCCACUGGCUCUCAGCCACCCUCGCCCCGCCAAUCCCGCCAAUCCUCCUACCGCACAUCCGGAUCACGCGAUAUGAUGUGGCAGUAUCGCGAACUGAUGGAGGCUUCGCACUCCGGUCCGGAGGCGCCUCGACUUGACCCACUUGUCAGUCCGGGCCCUGUCACCCCUCUGGCCCUUGAGGCGGGCGACUACCUGACCCAUGGCUCGGUCAGCAAUGCAUCUGACCGGGUUCGUGAUGUUCCUAAGCAGCACGCCCCGGAGAUGGUUGAGAAACUUAAGGCUUAUGAGGAAAAGGCUCGGCAGUACCGUAAAAAUGCCAAGCGGUGA